GAGAAUGUGUCCCUUGCUGAUAUUUUGUCACUGCGGGAUAGCUGUCUUACUGAGCAAGAUAUUUGGGCAAUUUGCCUGGAGUGUUGCGAUUCUCUGAAGAGCAUUGCCCAUUCUGCGAUCUUCCAGACACUCUGCAUCACUCCUGACACUUUGGCUUUUAACACCAAUGGCAAUGUAUGCUUCAUGGAACAGCUCAGUGAUGAUCCAGAGGGUGCCUUUGUUCCACCAGAAUUUGAUCUCACCGGUAACACUUUUGAGGCACACAUCUAUUCUUUGGGUGCAACUUUGAAAGCAGCAAUAGAAUAUAUAGUAGAACCUGAGACAGAAUCAGAAUUUGGGCGAGAUCUGCAUACUCUACUGGAACAAAUGCAAGAGGAGAAUCCUGAAAAUAGGCCAGAUAUUGAGAGUAUUUUGUCAUUAUGUGAAGAAAAACUGAAGAUUGCUUCAUCAAGUAAUAUUUGUCGAAGCCUGUCUGCUGUUGGAAGAAGGGUUCUUUCAAUUGAAUCAUUUGGUGCUUCUCAAGAUGUCUGUGAUAACAUGUGGAAGGGAAGAAUGUGUCAGAGAAGUUUGGGAUCUAAAUUAUAUUCAAGUGAGAAAAACAACAUAGCAGGUGAUUCAUCUGCAGUGGAAGAUUUGACAGCUACCUGUCAUAAAGACUCUUCUAUAGUUACUAUGGUGACUGGCAGAGAAAAUGGUUUAAAGGAAAUGCAAAUAGAUCUGGAUAAUGAGAAAACUCAACAUUUUCAACUUGCAACUCAAGCUAAGAAGAGCAAAGAAGAGGAUGAACAUGCAGUGUGUACUGACAGUUUUUCUAGUGUUGCUUUGGAUGUAAGAUCAUGUGUUACUAACCUGGAGAGAGAUGGAAUUUUUAAGAAAGGAUCUCUGAGAAAAAUUAAAACCUUUCCCAAGCUACCACUUGAACCUGCAGAUGCAAAUAACUUUUUUACUUCUGUUACCAACAGUGGACCACUAGCUAGGAAAAACCACUUGCUAUCACAAGAGUCACUACCUCUAGACAAUAAUAAUGAGGUUAUUUUUUCAAAGGGAAGUCUUAAUUCAUUUGCUCUUAAUAGUCCACCAAGAGCAGAACCGAAGAAUCACCAGAUUAAUGAUCUUCAUUUAGAAGCUCCGUGUGUAUGCACACAGGUGUCUGGCAUGAAUCUAGAAGAACAUAUGUCACUUAUUAAUGGUAAAAAGAUAGGUUGUGUUACAUCUGAUCGCAAAGAAGACUGUUGUGGUGCUACCUCUGAAAUGCCAAAUACAGCUGGUAUGCUGAAAGGCCCAAAUCAAUCGAUUGCUGGAGCAGAAAUGCUAGACAAUUACAUGGCGUUGGAAGAUUCUUCUGAAACUUUUCGAGGGUCAAAUGAAAAUUCUUUACCACAUUUUAACAAGAUGGCUUCAGUUUUAACAACAAAACCCAGUGGGAACAGAUACGGAUCAAACCUAAUUAGGUCUCCAGAAUUAAGCAACGGUGCAAUGAGUGCAAACAAUAAUGAAGAUAAUCUUUGUGGAGGCAGAGGGUCAGAAAUCAAAAGUAAUGAGCAGUGGAUCUCUCUAAAGCUCCUGUUGUCCCGAUAUGGUAAACCUCUGAAAGACUAUGAACUCUGGGCGUUAUGUCACGAGUGUUUAUGUAGUCUGCAGACUUGCACAGAUUAUCCAGUGGUCUUAUGUUUGGACUCUGUGCUGAUUGACUGCCAUGGAAAUAUCCUCUUCUCUGCUCCAAAAGCUGAAGAAUCCUGUGAUGUGUUUUAUUUAGCUCCUGAAAUUGAAGAAGACUAUGUGGAUACUGAGAAGGUCUGCAUUUAUGGUGUUGCUGCAGUUCUGUGGAUGGCCGCAAAACACAGUGUCCCACCGAGUCACAAACUGGCAUUGCCAAGAAAAUUAAAAAAGCUUCUUCUUGAUAUGGCAAGAAGAAACCCUGAAGAAAGACCUUCCCUAGCUGAUGCAGUUAAGUCAAGCAAUCAUUAUUUACUUGAACAAGGUAUAAACAGCAAAACUAUUUUGACGUCGUUGAAUAAAUCUGUCUUUAAGGCUGCUGAGGAAGUAGUCUCAUCUCAGGAUCAUGUUGCUUGUGAAUUGAAAAAUGAAGGACAUGAAAUGGACCCUUCAGAGUCAAGUCUCGGAUUUGUGCCUAUUACCGGUGAAAGUAAACUUGUAGCAGUUAAAGGACCAGUACCAUGCCAGAUUUCUCUAAACUGUGAGAAAGCUACAUUGCCUGUUGCAUUCACCUCUCCUGCAACUCACUUUAAGCCUAUUAUUCUGCAACAAAAUGCAAACAUAACAAAAGAAGUUCAUACGUCAGUUUCUGAGCAAUUCAAGAAAGACACAAGAAAAGAAAAACAUGUGGACCACAACCAAUCAGGGUAUAUAGAAGACUCUAAAAGCUUUGAUACCAAGGAUACAGAUGUUGUUGAAACCGCACCUGGAGUACCUGAGUGUGAUUUGCAAGUUCCAGGCCACUCAUCCAAGGUACCUUCAGAAGAGGAAAAGUCAGGCAAUACAUUUACUUCUAUAGUUACGUUACCAUCACCAUCCGAUUCCUCACAUAUUCUACAGGUAAAGAGCAUUUUAUCUGAAGUUCCUUCCAGCUCCUUAGCUUGUCCUACAUCUCCUAAUUUUGUUCAUAUAAAUAACAUCAUUCUCAAACAAGACUCAGAGAAAAGGGUUUUGACAGUUGUACCAGUACAUUUAGCUGUAUCAGAGCAAAUACCAAAUAAACCGCUUCGUUCAAGAAUUGCUUAUGAUUGUUAUCAUAGUUUGCCAAUGCUACUUUCAAGUACUGUUGCAAGUUAUAAAACAAGCAUGCAGAUAGAAAACGAUGCCUCCCUCUGCAGUGUUCAAAACUGUGAGACUACUAAUACACACAACAAGUUUGAUAAAUGUAACCCACUUGUUCAAACUGACUGCCAAGAAAUUGGGUGUGCUACUAGUGUAGACAGUAUUUUCACUGAACAGAAACACCCACCAUGCUCCUCAGUGAAUCAAGACAGUUCUCAUCUCUUUGGUGUUGAAGUCCUGGCGCAGCAGAACAGAAUGAACAAUGCUUUGCUGCAGGAAGUGAUCCAUCUUAUACAAGAGGAGUUUGCAUUUGAUGGUUAUCUAGAGAAUGGAGUUGAAGUUUUUGAUAUGGGUAACUUCAUUUUAAACUUAAAGGAAAUUAAGUUUGGUAUAUUCUCUGAUGCAAUUUGUGAAAAGUUUUGUGACCUCUACUGGGAUGAAAAAUUACUAGAGAAUCUCUAUCGGGUAGUAAAUGGAGAAAGACCUUCACAUUUAUGCGUAACCGAGGCAGAUGGUUCAAAGUGUGGCAAUGUAUUCCAAGAUCUGAAGAAAUCUGAUAGCUUUGUGGCAAGCAGUGAUCAGACAGAGGGAGAAAGGGAAGCAACCUCUGAUGUGAAGGUUGAGCCUAUGAUAAAUACGUCAUUAACUGAAAUGGAUUUUGAUGAAUCACCUUUGGAUGGUACCAAAAAAGAUUUGAGGCUGCAGAAUACUGUCCCCAUAGAGAAAGAGGGACAAUGUUUACAAAGCAACAGCUGUUGUAUUGAUCCGGGCUUUGCAGAAGAAAAUACGGGCCCAGAGGAAGAGGCCAUGAUAAAGAUAGCUGGAAACAGCUACCUUGUGUCUCCCAGUCUACCUGACUUUCAUGGCUGUAGUCCUGGUUGGAGCAGUGCGUUUUAUGGAGCUGAAUGUUUUGAUUCAGAAGUUCAUAGUUACAUGGAAAACCUUGGAAAGCAGAAAUCAAGUGAGUCACAAAAUAUAGAUGCUAAAAAAGUGGAACUAGAACAAUUACUAAUGAUGGAGACAAAAAAUUACAGAAAAACUAUAAAGUUUUACCAGAAACUAUUGCAGAAAGAAAGAAGAAGCAAAGGUCCUGAUCAAACUAAAUCUAUGUUGCCCAAAGUGAGACAACAGCUACAGGAGAUGAAAUCAAAAGUGCAGUUUCUUGAACUGGUGAAAAAAUAUGUGCAGAUCAUGUAUGCAGAGCAGUGGGGUGUGGAAUCCUGUGUGCUGCCUACAGUCGUUCACCACAGGAAAACUGACACCGUGAAUGUGGCAUCUACAAAUGAGUCGUCAUUGCUUCUUUUCUAUAACACAGAGAAACACCAGUGUAACAAUCAAAAUCGAGUGAGAGUUCUGCAGGCCGGUACACCACUUGGUUUAAUGGCUUAUUUAUAUUCUAGAAAUGCAUUUUUAGAAGGUUAUGUACAGCAGUUUCUCUACACAUUUCGCUAUUUCUGCACACAAGAGGAAUUUUUGCAGUUUCUUCUUGAUAGAAUCAGCAGCACUUUAUCCAGUGCAAGCCUGGAUCCUUCUACAUCACUUACCAAAAUAUGUAAUCGCAGUUUCUACAUCCUACAGGCUUGGAUUGAAGACUGCUAUAGUGUAGACUUUGCAACAAAUACUGAUCUAUUGUGUACCCUAAAAGAAUUUAUUUCUUCCAAGGUUGCUUCAUUAAAUGGCUAUGGGGAGCGCUUGUUGUCAUUGCUUGAGGAUGUUUCUGCUAGAAAAAGUGGGAGUGCUCAUCAGUGCUCCAGCAUGGACAAAUGUGAAGAGGAGGACAAGGAUAGAAAAGCGUUACAUUCUCUGUGUAAAAAGCUCUCAGAAGAUGUUUCCAGAAAGAACUUUAACUGGAAACUUUCCAAAGGUAUGGGACCAAUUGCACAAUGUCCGAGAGAGCAACUGUACACUAUUUCAUCAGUUUUGCCAAAGCCAUGCUAUAACAGCUUUACAGAAGAUUUCCCAGUCUCCUUUGCUAAAGCAGAUGAAGUGGGACCCUAUCUCUUAAUAGAAUACAGUGUGCAACAACUUUGUUGUCAGCUGACGUUACUGCAACAGGAAGUAUUUCAUAAAUGUCAUCCAGUGCACUUCCUAAAUUCCAGAGCACUUGGUGUUAGAGACAAAUGUGUUGCUGUCCAAAAAGCUGUUUCUACUGAGACAGUUUCACUUAAAGUCUGUAACCUGUUUCUGUCUAAGUGUAUACAAGACCAGUACCUUCUACAGUUAUUAAGAAAUGCAGAGAGUAUCAGUACCUGGGUUGCUGCUGAAAUUGUAACAUGUCACACAUCUAAGCUGCAGGUGAGCUUGUUAUCAAAAUUUCUUCUUAUAGCAAAAUGCUGCUAUGAACAAAGAAAUUUUGCUACUGCAAUGCAAAUCCUGGCAGGCUUGGAAAAUCUUAUCGUGCGACAGUUACCAGCCUGGAAAAUUUUACCUGCAAAAGUAGCUGAAAUAAUGGAGGAACUCAAAGCUGUGGAGGUGUUUUUAAAAAGUGACAGUUUGUGCUUGAUGGAAGGAGAACGAUUCAAAACACUUCCAACAAUUCCAUCAGCCCAUGUUUUGGCUAUGCAUGUUCAACAACUUGAAACUGGAGGAUUCACAAUGACAAAUGGAGCUCACAAGUGGGCUAAACUCAGAAAUAUUGCAAAAGUUGUGAGCCAAGUUCAUGCAUUUCAAGAGAAUCCUUAUACAUAUACACCAGAUUUCAAGCUGCAGGCUUACCUCAGGCAAAGAAUAACUCAUUUUAAAGAUGCAGACAUUUCUGCCUUGGCAGCUGACAACUGUGCCAACUUCCAUCAGAUACCAGCAGAAAAACAUUCUCGAAAAAUCCAGGAUGCACUGCGCAGAAUGAAGGCAACAUUUCAGUAAUUAUUUACAUCUCAUCUGUUCUAUUCCAAGUGUAGAUUUUAAAACUGGACUAAGUUGACUUCAUCUCCUGGACCAAUUCCCAAGCAAAUACUCAAGUGACUUAAAGUACUUUAUUUGAAGCUGAAAUGAUUAUAUUUCUUAACAUGUAAUUAUAAAAUGCUGACUAAUGAGAUUUGAAUCCUUGGCA